AUGCAGGAUAGAAAUCGCUUGCGCAAGUGGUGGUUGACCGAAAUUCGCCCGAAAGUGGCCGCUGAAGAUGGAGACCCGAGAGACUUCCUUGCCCUUGAGAGAACAUUUCUAGCGUAUGUUCGCACGGCAAAUGCGCUUGCUUCGUUUGCGAUCGUCGCAGCUCAGCUGUUCAUCCUCCAUCAUGAUUCUGUCGUGGCUGGGAAAAUGAUGGGUGCUAUGCGGUAUUUCAAGCAGCAAAGGUCGCUUCAGCGGAGAAAGUGCUAUAUAUGGAACCCAGAGAGUAUCCGGGUUGCGUUGUUAUUUUUUGUAUGGUUGUGUUUGGAUAACCCGGAAGACGAGCAAGUGCACGUGUUGACUGUCAACAUCAAGUAUCUUAACAUAGGCCCUUGCUUUUGCUUCUAA